AUGUUUUGUCGCUACUUCCGCGAAGUUGGUGUCCCUGUCCGCCUCUGGACAGAUGGCGGGCCCCAGUUUUCCAGCUUGGAGUUUCAGUCUUUCAAGAAACGUUGGGCUGUCCACCAUGUGAUAUCAACACCACAUUAUCCACAGUCAAACGGCCAUGCUGAGGCUGCUGUCAAGUCUGCCAAGUACCUGAUCCUGAAGACAGCACCCUCAGGUAACAUAGACACCGAGGAAUUCGACCGCGGCCUGCUGGAGCUACGGAACACGCCCACUGCUGCUGGAAGGUCACCCGCACAGGUGCUAUAUGGCCACCUCCUCCGUACGUGUGUCCCUGCUCACCCUGCAUCCUUCGCCCAGGAAUGGCAGGAGCGUACAGAAGAUUAUGACCGUCGAGCUGCAGCCCGUGCUGGCCACGUGAAAAGCCAGUAUGAUAAACACGCACGUCCACUUCCCAAGUUGAGUGUCGGCGAUCAUGUCCGCAUCCAGAAUACAGACACCCACCGAUGGGACAAGGUUGGAGUCAUCAUGGGUUGCGGCCGUAACAGGGAUUACGAGGUGCGGCUCCCAAGUGGCCGAGUGUGGUGGCGAAAUCGUCGUUUCUUGCGCCCCAUCCCAGAUCCUAGUGUUGACCCCCUCUCCCACAUCCCUGUGGUCCCUUGCACGGACAAAACGUCCACAGAAGUACAGAUACCCUCCUAUGCCCCACGCAGAUCAGAAAGGCUGAGGAAAUAUGCCGCUUGA